AUGAACUGGAUUCAAACAAAACUUCCAGAGUUGCCAAUAAGAAAUUUCACAACAGACUGGAACGAUGGAAAGGCAGUUGGAGCCUUGGUUGAUGCAGUUGCACCAGGACUGUGUCCUGAUUGGCCGGACUGGGAUUCCAGAGAGGGUGUCAAAAAUGCAUCAGAAGCCAUGGGUUUGGCCGACGACUGGUUGAAUAUUCCACAGCUGAUUAAACCAGAAGAAAUCGUCAAUCCAAAUAUUGAUGAACAGUCUAUGAUGACUUAUUUGUCACAGUAUCCUAAUGCUAAAAUAAAACCUGGAGCACCUCUUAGGCCCCGUACGAAUGUGAAUAAAGUAAGAGUGUAUGGUCCUGGUAUUGAACCUAGUGGUCCGAUGGUCGGAGCCCCAGCAGUAUUCACCGUCGAAACCUUCUCUGCUGGCAAGGGACAAGUAGAAGUUAUUGUACAAAAUCCAAGGGGCCAGAAGGAAAAUGCUGAAGUGAAAUUCAAUAAUGACAAAAAUCUCACGUAUGCCGUCUCAUACACUCCUCAGCUUGAAGGCAACCAUACGAUAUACGUCAAAUUUGCAGGACGAGACUCACCCAAAAGUCCUUAUACCGUGAAAGUUGAAGGUUUCGCUGGAGACGCAAGUAAAGUUACUGCUUCUGGCCCAGGCUUACAACCAGAGGGAGUAUUCGUAAAUAAAUCUACAUUUUUCGACAUUUUCGCCAAAAACGCAGGACAAGGUGCACCUGAAGUUAUGAUUUUAGACCCUUCCCACAACAAAAACAGCGUUCCUGUCUCAAUAAAGCCAACUUCCUCAGACACUUGGAGAUGUAGUUAUGUAUCUCCCAUCCUUGGUCAACAUUCCGUUAAUGUAUUUUUUGCUGGAAAACCCAUUCCAAAUAGCCCCUUUGGCGUCAAGAUAUCACCUGCCUCAGACGCGAAAAAGGUGAAAGCCAGCGGUCGGGGUCUACAACCCGAUGGCGUACGAGUCAAAGAUGAAGCGGAUUUCAAGAUUCACACAGAUGGCGCUGGCGAGGGAGUUCCUGAAAUUCAAAUAAUCGGCCCGGAAGGAGUACAUCAAAAAUGUAUUAUAAAGAGAAUUGACGAACACACGUAUUACGCAUCUUACACACCCCUGAAAGAAGGGAGGUACAUUGUAAUGAUAAAAUUCGCAGGAAACGAAAUUCACAAAUCUCCAUUCGAAGUAAACGUAGGUCCUUAUAAAGAAACUGCUAUCAGAGCGUACGGGCCUGGUCUUGUAGGGGGCGUUAUCAACUACCCAGCGUUAUUUACUGUUGAAACUAAUGGCGAAACUGGUGCCUUAGGUUUCAGUAUCCAAGGUCCGUCUCAAGCGCAGAUUGAUUGUACCGACAACGGUGAUGGUUCAGCAGAUGUUAGGUACAUUCCGACAGCUCCUGGUGAAUACGCUGUCCAUAUCUUGUGUGACACCGAAGACAUUCCUCGCAGUCCCUAUAUUGCGCAAAUUUUACCUAAUACAGAUUACUACCCCGAGAAAGUAGAAGUUCACGGUCCCGGAGUGGAAGGCAGUGGGGUACAGACACAUGUACCAACAAAGUUCAUUGUAGAUACAAGGAAAGCAGGAUCUGCACCUCUAGAAGUUAAGGUUAGUGAUGCUAACUCCAAUAACGUAAAUGUAAAGUUAGUUGAAAAGUCUGAUGGAAUCAUCGAAGGUACUUAUACACCGAUCACUGGAAACCGUCACACGGUUCAAGUGAAUUAUGGUGGAGUGGCUGUGAAUAACUCUCCAUUCAGAGUGUUUAUUGAAGAACCUGUUGAUGCUUCAAAAGUGCAAUAUUUCGGACCAGGAAUAGAAGAUGGCGUCAAACCCAAUAUUCCAACACACUUCAAUAUUGAUGCCAGAGAAGCCGGAUAUGCUGAUUUGGAUGUGCAUUUAGUGAACGAGGAUACUAGGGAAGAAGUACCGAUAAAACUCACUGAUAAUGGCGAUCGAACUUACACAGUUGACUAUGAAACUGUUCAUUCCGGAGUACACAAACUCACCCUUCAUUAUGGCGGACAAAGGGUUCCUAGCACACCUAUGAAAUUCAAAGUUCGACCAGUUGUUGAUGUCACAAAAAUUAAAGUCGAUGGAUUAGAACCAAGUGUUUAUGUCGACUCACCAACAGACUUUUUGGUUGAUACGAGGGGAAUACCAAAAUCAACGGAAGAUGGCAAAGUGACGUGCACUAUUACCAAUCCGUCUGGCACACAGACUGAAAAUUUAAUAACUUCCCUAUUAGAUGGAACCUACAAGGUCAGCUACACUCCGUUCGAAGAAGGCAAACACACCAUUGACAUAUUCUACGACAAUAUUCCUGUACCUGGUUCUCCGUUCAUAGUUAACGUGAGGAGAGGUUGUGAUGCUAAGAAAUGCCACGCUUACGGCGCCGGUCUCCAGAAGGGUAUUCUGAAUAAACAAAACAUCUUCACAGUAGAAACUAAACAAGCUGGCACGGGUGGUUUGGCUCUGGCUAUAGAAGGUCCGUCUGAAGCAAAAAUGACUUGUAAGGACAACAGAGACGGUUCUUGUUCUGUGGAAUACAUGCCCACUGAAGUUGGUGAAUACGAUAUUGCCAUUAGGUUCGCCGACAACCACAUUCCCGGAUCACCAUUCAAAGUCGUGGUUUCGAAAGAAGUCGAUGAAAACUUGGUGAAAGCCUUUGGGCCAGGAUUGGACACCACACAGUGCAGGCCUGGAAUACCGACCAAAUUCACCAUAGAUGCCUCCAAGGCCGGUCCUGCUCCUGUUGCUGUGAACAUCACAGCAGACUCCAAACCUUUAGCAAAAAAACCCGAAGUUGUGGACAAAGGAGAUGGAACUUUCGAGGUUACUUAUGUUCCACCUCAUGAAGGUUCGAAUCUCCAGACUCAUGUUACCUACAACGGUAAGGAAAUACCAAAUAGUCCAUUCCCCGUAAAGGUGAGGCCUUUGUUCGAGCCUGAUAAAGUGAAAUUCAGUGGUCCAGCCAUUUUCGAGAAGGGAAUUCCGGCUUCUGUUCCAACCACGAUUAAAAUCGACACAAAAGAAGCUGGUUUCGCAGAUUUGGAAGUAAAAAUUACCGGUCCCGAUGGAUAUUCAAGGCCAGUCACUUUAAAAGACAAUGGCGAUGGUACAUUCAGCGCUACGUUUGUGCCUGAUGAUUGCGGCAGGUAUAAGCUGGAUACUAAAUACGGAGGCAAGGAAGUUCCCAAUACGCCUAUCGCUAUCCAGACAUUUGCUACUGGGGAUGCUGAGAAAUGCAAAAUAGUGGAAGGAUUGGAAAAAAAUCUGUGCAGUGGUCAAUCUUACUGCAUCAUCGUCAAUACCGAAAACGCGGGCAACGGGGCUGUUACUUGUAAAAUCAAAUCUGUCGAUGGGGGAGAUUUGGAUAUAAAUAUCGUCGAAAAUGAAGAUAAUACCGUCAGCAUAUACUAUAAUGUCCAGGAUGCCGGGGAAUAUACGAUCAACAUCAAGUUUGGAGGUCAAACAGUCCCAGGAGGAUUCUACACGUUUGUGGCCGAGGAGACCAGUGUAACCCAGACCGAAGAAAAAAUAGAAAGCGUAACCACAACAACACAGUCCACCAAGCAACACGUCUUCAGACCAGUUCAGUUGAAUAAUAUCCCACUUCUGAGUACUGGUGGUCACGUAACAGCUGAAAUAAAGAUGCCCAGCGGAAAUAUCGACAAACCAAUUAUCGAAGACAACCACGAUGGUACCGUAACGAUCAAAUAUGACCCCCGCGAAGAAGGUGUUCACGAAUUGGCUGUCAAAUUCAACGGAGAGCACGUCCAAGGUUCUCCCUACAAGUUCCACGUAGACUCAAUCAGUUCCGGUUACGUGACAGCAUAUGGUCCAGGUCUUACUCAUGGAGUCACCGGUGAACCUAGUAACUUCACCAUCUCCACCAAAGGUGCUGGAGCCGGUGGACUCUCCAUGGCCGUUGAGGGUCCUAGCAAAGCGGAGAUAAGCUGCCACGACAACAAAGAUGGCACUGUUAGCGUCUCAUAUCUGCCCACUGCGCCUGGAGAAUACAAGAUAUCCGUCAGGUUUGGUGACAAACACAUCAAGGGAUCACCGUUCAACGCCAAGAUCACAGGCGAAGGCAGAAAACGCAACCAGAUCUCUGUCGGGUCUUGCAGCGAGGUAUCGCUUCCUGGGAAAAUCUCUGACGCCGAUAUCAGAUCACUGAACGCCUCCAUUCAAGCCCCAAGCGGAUUGGAAGAACCCUGCUUCUUGAAGCGCUUGCCUUCAGGCAACAUCGGCAUCUCGUUCACCCCUAGAGAAAUCGGUGAACACGUGGUGUCAGUCAAAAAAUUGGGCAACCACAUCACCAAUUCGCCUUUCAAAAUCAACGUUUGCGAACGGGAAGUGGGAGACGCCAAGAAAGUACAGGUGUCUGGUAAUGCAGUUAAAGAAGGAAUCACCCAUGUGGAUAACACAUUUACCGUUGAUACCAGGAACGCAGGCUUCGGAGGUCUUUCUUUGUCUAUAGAAGGACCAAGCAAAGCUGAGAUCCAGUGCAAUGACAACACAGAUGGCACUCUGAACAUAUCGUACAAACCGACGGAACCCGGAUACUACAUAGUAAAUCUUAAGUUCGCCGAUCAUCAUGUGGAUGGUUCUCCUUUCACGGUCAAGGUUACUGGUGAAGGAUCAAAUAGGCAACGAGAGAAAAUACAAAGACAGCGAGAAGCAGUACCUAUCACGGAAGUUGGCAGUCAAUGCAAACUGACUUUCAAAAUGCCAGGUAUCACAUCAUUCGACCUCAGUGCCACCGUAACAUCUCCUGGAGGAGUAACCGAAGAUGCUGAAAUCAAUGAAGUCAGAGAUGGAUUAUAUGCUGUUCAUUUCGUGCCCAAAGAACUAGGUGUCCACACAGUGUCCGUUAGAUACAAGGAUAUCCAUAUUCCUGGAUCUCCAUUCCAAUUCACUGUUGGUCCAUACCGUGAUCAUGGUGCCCACUUGGUCAAAGCUGGUGGUGCUGGUUUAGAGAGGGGUGAACAGGGAGAACUCAAUGAAUUCAACGUCUGGACGAGAGAAGCAGGAAGUGGUCAACUUGCGAUAUCCGUGGAAGGUCCCAGUAAAGCUGAGAUCAACUUCACUGACAGGAAAGACGGUUCCUGUGAUGUUUCUUACAAGGUUUCUGAACCAGGUGAAUAUCGUAUCGGAUUGAAAUUCAACGACGAGCACGUACCGGAUUCCCCCUUCAAGGUCUAUAUCUCCCCCGCUGUUGGAGAUGCCCACCUGCUGGAGGUAGCACAGUUCCCUGAGGGACAUAUUCAAGCCGACAAACCAUCGCAGUUCAUCGUCCGCAGGAAUGGAGCUAAGGGAGACUUGGACGCCAAGAUUAUUGGCCCAUCGGGACAUGAAGAUGAUUGCUUUGUUCAAAUCAUUGACAUGGAGGAAUACUCUGUCCGAUUCAUGCCAAGAGAAAACGGCAUUCACAAGAUCCAUGUGAAAUUCAAUGGAGUUCAUAUUCCUGGAUCACCAUUCAGCGUCAAAGUAGGCAAAGAUACCGCUGACCCUGCUGCUGUUCACGCCAGUGGAAAUGGACUGAAGGAUGUUAAAACUGGAGUGAAAACAGAUUUCAUUGUGGAUACCGUAAACGCUGGAACAGGUACUUUAGGAGUAAGCAUAGAUGGUCCUAGUAAAGUUUCAAUGGAUUGCACCGAAGUGGAGGAAGGUUACAAGGUCCGUUACACUCCCCUAGCUCCCGGAGACUACUUCGUCAGUAUUAAAUACAACAACCACCAUAUAGUAGGAUCACCCUACAAAGUGCACAGUACAGGUGAUGCAAAAGUAGCAGAUAUCGGUGGCCAAGAAACAUCGUCAGUUGUAGUAGAAACUGUUGCUAAAGUGGGCAAAGCGAAUAAUAACAACAAAGGUCCUGUAUUGCCCCACUUCAAGAGCGAUGCUAGCAAAGUCAUGUCUAAAGGAAUGGGCUUGAAGAAAGCCUACUUAGGAAAACAAAAUCAGUUCACCAUUUCGGCUCAAAAUGCUGGUGCGAACAUUCUUUUUGUUGGUAUUCACGGGCCAAAGGGCCCAUGCGAAGAAGUGUUUAUAAAACACCAAGGCCAUAAUCAGUACGCUGUGAACUAUUUGGUUAGAGACAGGGGGGACUAUUUGGUGAUAGUGAAAUGGGGCGAUGAUCAUGUUCCUGGCUCACCAUUCAAAGUUGAAGUUUAGACCCUAAUACUACUUUUCCACCCAAAAAAUAUUAUACUUGUUUAGUUGUUAUAAUGUUUUAUUUUUUUUUUACACAUUUUGUUCGUCAAGGUGAAAUUUUAUUGGAAUCCAAUUUCGUUGUUUCGUCUUAUUUUUGUACAUAACAUUUCUCUCAAAAUUCUAAUAGUUGAUUUGAAUGUGUAACUUCCAGUAAAAUUCACAAAUCA